AAUUAAAAAGGAGUUUGAAGCAGAUUUGGCACGUGUCACAGCCUCAAAGGAGAAACUAGCAAAGGAUGCUGAGAAAGCUGAGGAAGAAGCCUUGAGGAUUAUCAAUGAGACACAGGAGUUCGUGAAGACUUUCAUCAAGAGGGAAGACUUUGAGAAAGCCAUCGAAACUGCUCUAGCAAACCCCGUCGAUUACAACUUUGCCAUUGAUCAGCAGGGAAAUAUUUUUCGUGGCCGCAGCACAAGACCCGAGGAUGUUGCUGAAGAAGACAAGGAAAAGCUUUUGUUUGCAGUACAGUCAUAACUAAUGUUUGCUAUUGUUGAGUUAGGACACAGUGUUGUAUAUAAUAUUUCAGCGUCGUGUAGCAGAUAUCAAUGGAAAAAAUAUUUAAAAGAUCCAAAACAAGACUUUCUAGGUUUAAUUGAAAAAAAAAAUCACUGCAACUUGAGUGCUUUAAUGUAAUAUUUGUUUUUAGAAACUUGUGUGUUCAAAAAUCUUCUAAUCGAAAAAUUAAUAAUUUAAAAUACUCUCUAGUAACAAUUAAAUAUUUUUAGCUUUAUACUGCACUCUUAUAAUCAUUAACUAAGCACUAAACUCAUAAGGGUCAUACAGGCUGCACUCUUAAGGAUUCAGAAAGGCUAUAAGACCUACACACAACCAUCGUAUUCACUAAAUCCUCAGUCUUUAACUAUGGCCUUUUGCAAGAUGGGUAACGCACUAAAGAUUCAGCCUUUUAUGGAUAAGCUGUAUACUCUUGCAACAUUGUGGUGGUCUAUUUGUAAUAUCUGAUGGAUUUUUCUCGUUUUUUCAUUAACCCUUUCAGUGUCGAGACCCCUGAUCCUUAACCCUUUGACUGUCGCAACCCCAAAUCCUGAGGUGUCUCCUGGUGUCGCAGAAUAUUUGGAAAAAAAAAUUAUUUUCUCUUACGAAAUGAUAGAGAAUCUUUUCCCGAUGGUAAUGACACCAAAAGUACAAAAUUUGAUGGAAACUAACAAAAUUACACUCUCACGAAGUUAGCGAUCUCAGCGAUAUUUACGCAUCGGGAUUUCACCCACUUUGAGCCCUAUUUUCGGCUUCAUUGUUUCAGUCGACUAAAAUUAGUUAUUUCACUAAAACUCCAUUUGUUCUAUUGACUGAGUACAAGAAACCGCCCAUUUACCGAUUUUAACUACCCAAUAAAGUGGUCAGAAUUUGGCAAUUUGGCCAAUGUCACACAAAUUUCUGAAGAUGCCAAUUUCAAAAUAGGUUCCAGAAUAAACAAGGCAGACAUUACUAGCACUAAAAUAAUAUUUUCUCUGUUCAUUAGUCAUGUCUCCAGACCCCCUCUUAUAUUACUCUUGCUUUCCAUUUUGAAUUUUUAUUCUCACAAAAAUAGAAGAUUUCCUAUUAUGCAGACUACUGCAUUAUUACAAUAAUUGUAUAAAUAAUGUCAACCCAUUCGUGACUGCAUAUUAGACUGGCCAUUUUGACACGUAUUGGACGGUGACGUCAUUUGUUUACUCUUGAACAUCCGCAAAAAUCGAACAUUUCCGCUACUUUCAGCUCAAUUUCAAAGUACUUGUCAUCGUGAAACCAAUCAAAAUCAUCUCCAUCUCUGUAAUAUAUCUUCCAUUCUAUCAAAUGAGACCAAGAAAACGAGAAUAGAACCAUAAAUACCAUAUGAAAUUACACCACAAAGUUGCUGUUUUAAACCAAAAAUGUGGUCAAUUUUUUUUUUUUUUCCUCAUGCACUGCGUGCUGCAGGAUUUUUUUUUUUUUUUUAUACUGCACACACUGACCAUGCAGGCCCAUUCUUUCAUAUGUAGGCCUACCAGCUUCCUUCCACCAGAUUUGAAGGAGCCAGAAUAUUGGCAUAGUAUUACGGGACUGACACUGAAAGGGUUAACAACUUAAUAUUUUGUACAUGUACAUUUUAUGCAUUUGGAGUAGACUAAUACAGGUACCAUCUGACUUAAAACCAAGCUUGGUUCUGACCAACCGGUCCUAAGUCAAAAUGGAUGUAAGCCGAACCCUACUACUGAAUUUCAACAUCACACUUAUAUAAUGAUUUUAUUUUAUUGUUUUAUUUUGGUAUUUCAUUUUUUACUUUACUUUCUAUGCUGAUAGUACUGUAUUUUAUACCGUAAGGUUUAAGAUAAACACUGUGUACAACACAAA